GGCGAGCAUUUGACAGACACCCUGCACAUUCGCUCUCAACACUCUCUUUGUCUACUUACAUAGUACAUUGUCGUCACACUCUCCUCGGUACUGGCGAGGGGCACGUCUGGUGUGAAGGUCGGGCCUUCAUACAUUGUGCAUUCACCACUCGGUCUCGCAACUCCCGCAACCACCUCCUUCCUCCGUUAUCGAUACACCUUCCUGCACCACUCUCUCCUACAACCUGGCUGGUCCCAUCUUCCGAGCAUUCGCUGUGCUACCGGGACCACGGCCACUCACUAUGGGAAACUUGAACAGACUACUGUUGUCGAGCGCAGCAUGCCUCCUGGUUCUUCUCUUCUCCAUUCAAGGGGCUGAUGCUGCCAUUGAGCUCUCAUACUGUUCGUCGCAGAAUACGGCCGGGGGCGAACCGGAUUUCUGGACAUGGCAGUCCAACGGCUGGUGUUCCGACAAGUGCAGAAACGAUUAUGCCCUCGCCAUUGUACAAGGGAACGACUGUUGGUGCUCAAAUUACCUGCCUAAAGAACAAACCGACGUUUCCGACUGCAAUAUGGGUUGCCCUGGAUACCCUGACGAAAAGUGCGGCAGCGAAGAUGGCAAGCUUUUUGGAUACAUUUCCUUAAACAGGAAGCCAUCUGGCACCAAAGGUGCCUCGAAGCCUACAACUACAGAUCCGCCUGUGGCUCCGCCAAAAUCUACAAAAUCUAGUCCUGUACGCAAGGGGACGACGACUGCUGAGCCAGAGACCACCUCCCAAACGGUCACUGAGCCGCCGAGCGUCAUCACCUUGUCUCCUAGUGAUCGAUCUUCGACCACGAACGCGCCACCCGAAUCUACACGGUUCAUCACCGUCACUGGUGCAGGUGGAGGCACCACCAUUAUCACAAUUGUACCCACCUCGCCUGCGUCAGGGGCCUCUCCGCCGUCCAGCAAAUCGAACGUAGGUGCAAUUGUCGGCGGUGUCGUUGGUGGCCUAGCCGCGCUCGCUGCCAUUGUUGGAGGCAUCUUCUUCUUCCUGUGGAGACGGCGGAAGCAACAGAAAGAAGCCGAAAAAGGCGACUUCGGUGUCCAUCGCCAUACUAGUACUAUGAGCAAGCACGGAUUGAUACGGUCCGUUGAGAAGGAACCCAUCGCUUCUCCCGAGAUCGCUGCCAACAUAAGGCGUACUAGCCGGAUGAUGCCGGACGGUGACUCGAUCAGUCCCAGUGGCUCAGACAGGAGGAGCAGCAGACCGUACAUCUUCGAUCAGCGGCUAAAUCCGUCGGCCAUCAUGAUGCAGGAAAAUGCGAGUCAGGGAAGUUUGGUGAGCAUCGAUGAUAGUCGCGAUUAUGGGCGCACGCUCAACGUACGGAAUCCGGACCCAGAUCCCGACCCGGAUAGUUGAGGAAUCCGUUCAAAGACCGCUCAAGGGGCCCUAGCCGGUUCUCUGAGCACCGCCCAAUCCACGUCUGGGCGUCAGCAGCUACAUCACGACUUCACGAAC